AUGAGUGAAGAUACUGGAACAAUCUUUUUGCAUAAUCAAAACCUAUUGGGAGACAAAGGCAGUCAGGCAUUGGAGGAGAAAGCGCUUAAGCAAUUUGUAUAUACUUUGCCCAGUAUAAAAAAUCCAAUGUCAUUAUUUUAUGUAUUUCUACAAUCUGAUGCUUUUUAUCUUACGCAAAUAUUAAGUGAAGAAUCAAUAGUGGAUUACUGUUUAAAGGCGAAGAAAUGUAAUGAUAUUGUCAAAAUCUGUAAAGUAGAAAUACUUAUUCAAGCAGAAAAAGAGUCAGUAACUAGUAUUAUAAUUGGGUUUAAAGAUUAUAUUAGUCGGUCUGUAGACUAUACAUUUGUUGAUGAAAAAGUAACUAUUAAGGCAUUAAUUGACUCCAAAUCUUACUAUAGCAGUAUUAGUAAAGCGUUUGCCCAAAAAAUUGAUUUAUAUAUUACUAGAGAAUUCAGAUCAGAAUAUCCUGCAGUAAAAGAGUUUAGCAUUGGCGCAAUAAAUGCUGGCAAGAAAGUAAUAAUAAGAGGAUGGGUUAAUAGAGAAGAAGUUUCCAUUUCUUUAUCAAAUAUAUUCUAUGAGUUAAGAUCGCUACUUCUGAUAAUAACGGAUACAGAAAAUUUUGUAGUUGUUGACAAGCCUGAAUAUGAUUUAGUUUUAGGUAAUAAUUGGUUAAUUUGGAUGGGAGACAAAAUUGAUAAAUGUGAUGCUAGAUAUUGGGAAAAUAAUGAAGAGAAAAGACUUUAUUAUCUAAGAAAUAAUAUUGAUAUACUGUCUCCUUUAUUAUAUACAUUUUACGAAUUAUUAUUCUCUAAUUUCACCGCAAUUAAUUCAGAUAGGGAGGUCAUAAUAACCAAGUUUAUCAUGAAUUUAACAGUAUAA